GGACGUCGCGCGUAACAGAUAAAGGUGUCUUUAUUCUUUUUUUGUUUCAGUGCAUUUGGGUUAUCUCUGGAUCAUUGAAUUAGCAUAACUUACCCCCAGUUGUACGAAUAAAGUAUCAAUUUCACAUAAUUAAGUACAAAAUCAUGAGACACAAUCGCGAAAAUGGAUUAUUUUUGGUAAAAUCUGGGAAAAUUAUUUGGGGCGCAUCAUCAAUGACAAGCAUAGAUUUAUCGGGACAAAUUACUACAAUAUUCUAUAAUAUUACAUGAUAAAAUUGUGCUUUACCUUUAAAAUUUCCUCUGGGAAGAUGAAUUUCCAAAGAAAAUCGCCGUUUUUUGUCCUUAAACACACUUUUUCUCUUAGAAAUUUUUCCAAAGAUGAAAAACAGACGCCAUGUAGAAACGUCAAGUGCGUCAAAAGUCAAAAUCUCCUAAAAACUUGUUUUCUUUUUAGGACCCAACGGAUUGGUGUAAAAACUUCAGGAUGGUAUAAUUAAUUUUUGGAAUUUUGCCUAAAGAAGAAGAAGAAAAAGAAGCAAACAUUCCCGGAAAAAGAAGACGCGUCCGGGAAGAUUUGUAGAUUUGAUUCAUUUGAUUGGAAUUGUGGGUAUUCAAUUGUGUAAGAGAGAUUCGUCAAAAAUUGGUGGAAAGGUGGGAAAAAUGAGUGAGGAUUUCAGUGCAGCCCAGUACAGUGUGGUGCCCAAGGAAGAGGAAGCUCAGCAACUCCCCUCCUCGGGAUCCUCUGCGGCUCCUGAAUCCUCUGGAGGAGGAGUGAUUCGUCCAGGACCUCCUCCUACAGAAGCUACGCGUCAGACAAGCUUGCAGAAGAUUGAACAGAGAAAGAAGCAUGUCUUCACACUUCCUCGUGCCCAGCGUUUGGCAAAAUUGGCCAUGUAUUCAGCAUGUCAGACUGAGGAGUGUAGAUGCACGGGCUGGAAAACCCCAGAAGAGCUGAGACAUCGUGACGUGGAGUCUGAUUACUGCCCUAAAUUCUUUGAUUUAUGCCGCAAUACAUACUGUCGACAUGCACUGGAAUCCCAUAUAAGUCACCUUGGAGAUAUUGAGGAUGAGCAGCUAAACUCCCUUCUCGGGACUAUAAUUGACGUGGAGAAUCUCUUCAUGAGUAUGUCACGGGAACAGGAUGCAGACACCAAGAAAGUCUACUACUAUCUCUUUAGGCUUCUCCGUCAUUGUAUUUUGACACGCCAGCAGGCAGUAAUUCGUGGUCCUCUUGGGGAUCCACCAUUUGAAUCUCCAUCCAUAUACAAAGCAAUCACAAGCUUUGUCUUCUACAAAUUCCACCACUUGAGCCAAACUGAAUUCCAUACCAUGAGUGAAGUAGCCAGAACCUUUCUAAAUUGUCUCAAUCAUUGGAACUUUGAAGCACCUAGCGUACGCGGACGUGACCUUAGUCACGAAGAUGCGUCAACAUAUAAAAUCAACUACACCCGUUGGCUUAUGUUCUGUCACGUUCCGGCUUUUUGCAACUCCCUGCCGCACUAUGAAACAACCAUUGCAUUCGGGAGAACACUCCUGAAGGCAGUAUUCCAGUUUGUGAGCCAACAACUCCUUGUAAAGUGUCGCACCGAGAAAGAUAGGAUGCCCGUUGAGAAACGAACUUUGCUCAUGCAAAUGCCCAAAUUCUUGGAUGCUUUAAAGCAUGAGGUAAUCAACGAAGAAUCCCCUAUUUGGGAUGCAUCGUACAAGCCCGCUGUAUCGCUGCUACUUCAACGUUCAGCCAAUUCUAAACGAGUCCACGAUGCAGCAUCAGCCCAACAAAAUGCCGUACGUCGACCUAUUGCAGAUGGAUCCCAAGCAAAAAAGUACAAAUACUCAAGCGAAGUGGAAGAUUUGUCAAAUGAAGUUGUCCUCCAGGCGAUGCGUAACAUCAAUGACAGCAAAAAUAGCCGCAGUAGUGAAGUUGUUUUCCCCGUCAAUGCUCCUAGGGAUGAAGCAGCCAAGACCAAGGAGAGUCGCGGUGAAAUUGAGCUGCAUAUUGUUGGCAACUCUCUCAGUCAUCCAGUUAGUAAGCAGUCAAUGUUGUGGCUUUUGGGACUUCACAGUGUCUUUGCGCAUCAAUUGCCCGGCAUGCCAAGGGACUACAUCAGCCAGCUUGUGUUCGAUCCGAAACACAAAACUCUGGCCCUGAUUGAGGAAGGACGCCCAAUUGGGGGUAUUUGCUUCCGAACAUUCGCCACGCAGGGCUUCACUGAGAUUGUUUUCUGUGCUGUGACGGGAGACAAACAAGUCAAAGGGUACGGUACACAUUUGAUGAAUCAUCUCAAGGACUACAGUAUCCAACAGGGGACUAAACACUUUCUUACCUAUGCCGAUGAAUUUGCAAUUGGCUACUUUAAGAAACAAGGAUUCUCCAAGGAUAUCAAGGUUGCCAGGCCUAUUUAUGCAGGUUAUAUAAAGGAAUAUGAAGGUGCAACGCUGAUGCAUUGUGAGUUACACCCUAGUAUUGUGUAUACACAAUUCAGUAGCGUUAUCCGGCGUCAGAAGGACAUUGUAAAAGAGCUAAUUGCGCAACGGCAGCAAGAAGUGCAGAAAAUCCAUCCGGGUUUGACGUGCUUCAAAGAGGGUGUCCGCAGUAUUCCUGUUGAGUCGAUCCCAGGGCUGCGUGAAGUUGGAUGGAGACCCAUUGCACGGGCUCAGCGUCAGGCACGACCUCUUGAGGAAUCCGCAGACCCAGAUAAACUAGCACAAACACUUGCAACUGUACUCGUUGCCGUUCGUCAACACUCAGCUGCAUGGCCCUUCCAGAAGCCUGUAAGUCAAGCCGACGUACCCGACUAUUAUGACCACAUAAAGUAUCCAAUGGACCUCAAAACUAUGGGGGAACGCCUCAAGCGUGGCUAUUACGUCACCAGGCGACUCUUUAUGGCCGACAUGGCACGCAUCUUCACAAAUUGUAGGUUCUACAACCUGCCAGAGACCGAGUACUACAGGUGCGCCAACACCUUGGAACGCUACUUUCAGACUAAGAUGAAGGAAAUCGGCCUAUGGGAUAAGUAAAUAAUUAUACAUAAUAAAAAAGCCUCUAAAUCGCUUGUCAACAAA